AUGGAGGGAAUGAUGACAAUGAGGAUGUGGAUUGAGCCGGUGGUUGCAAGCUCUCAAGUGGCCAGUGCCUUCUACGACACAGCCCUGCUGCUGGUGGUGAAAAACUACUACAAUCAGACCAAUGGCACUGCUCCUUCCCAUGCACUAGAAGACGCUCAGCAGAAGGCUGUUUCUAAUUUUUAUAUCAUCUACAACCUUGUUCUGGGCCUGAGCCCGCUGGUGUCAGCCUAUGGCUUGUCCAAGCUGGGGGACAGGAUACAUGGGAAGAUCCCCAUCUGCUUCCCUCUUCUUGGUUAUUUGGGCUCCAAAACUCUCCUGCUCCUCCUGAUCCUGCUGGGCUGGCCAAUCGAGGUGAUGUAUGGGGCUGCUGCCCUCAACGGGCUGACGGGAGGCUUCACCACACUUUGGGCAGGCAUCAUGGCUCUGGGCUCCCUGGGCUCCUCCGAGAGCAGGAGGUCCCUGCGGCUCAUCGUUAUUGAACUGGUGUAUGGCCUCGCUGGGUUUGGGGGAAGCAUGGCAUCUGGCUACCUCUUUGUUGGCUUCAGUGACCACUACCGAGAAGGCACUGUGCUGGUGUGCUGCAGCAUCGCUUGCUAUGCUUUCUGCCUCCUCUACAGUAUUUUCAUCCUGACAGUCCCCAAGCCAGGAGCCUCCUGCCCAGCCAAAGCCAAGGGUGCAGAAGAGGUGGGUAGCCAGCUACCAGCCCAUACAGGAGCAGCAGCAGCAACAGGGAGUUCCCAAACUUCAGGUGGCAGCAGCUCCUCUCUAGUAUCCCCCUCAAAACUCAUCAUCAUCCUACUGUUUGUGGCAGCAAUCCUCUACGACCUUGCUGUAGUUGGUGCGAUGAACGUACUCCCACUGUUCUUGCUCAGGGAGCCUUUAAGUUGGAAUGCUGUGGAGAUCGGCCAUGGCAAUGCUGCUGGGUAUGUGAUCUUCAUCACCAGCUUCCUAGGGGUAUUGGUGUUCUCCAGAUGCCUCAGGGACAUUACCAUGAUCAUGAUCGGAGUAGUAUCGUUCAGCACCGGCAUCCUCAUCAUGGCCUUUGUGAAGUGGACAUUCCUGUUCUACAUUGCACGGGCAGUGAUGCUCUUUGCCCUCAUCCCCUUACCAACCAUCAGGUCUAUGUUGUCCAAGCAUGUCGAAGGAUCAUCCUAUGGUGAGGUGUUUGUCCUGCUGCAGCUGUCUUUAGUCAUCACAGGAGUAGUGACAUCUACAGUCUAUAACAAGAUCUAUCAAAACACUCUGAACUGGUACAGCAGCUUCUGCUUCAUUUUGUCUUUUCUAGUUGGCUGCCUGAGUCUCCUACCUUUAAGCUUUGUGGCCAUCAAACAACGUUCAACCACUGGCUCCCUUCAGAUUCUGACUGAGUGACAGAGGCAUCUUUAUCAACUCUCUGAGCUACCAAAGUGGAAGGUUUGCCAAGCAUUAAUCCCCAGUUACCAACAUUACCAGAACCGUAUCGUCUGUAUUUCCAUUUCACAGCAUGCCACAGCCUCUCAGUCACCAAGCUCACCCAAGAAAAGAAGCUUUCCUUGUUACUUCUGCAGUACCUCAUCUUGCAGAGUAUGUGCAUUGGCUGUUGCACACCAGCAGUCCUCAGAGCAUUCUGUUUUUCUGCUGGGCUGGUUAGCAAUAGCACAGAGCUACAAUAAUACAGGAGUGUUUCUAGACACACCAUUCAGUAUGGAAGGGGAAAACAGAGGAUCAGUUUUCCAUUAGUUCCUUCCUGUCUAUUCAUUCAGAAACCUCAGGGCACUUCUCUGACUUUGGCUGAUGAAACUGGGGGCUGCAAACCACAGGCUAUGUGCACAAAGCCAUCAGCAGGACACACCAGCUCUCUGGAGUGCUACAGAAGAUGUGACCAGCACAGCCAAAUAAUGUUACAUGAAAGACCAUUAAAUACAGAAAUACCACUGUAAAAAGAUGUAAGAUUAAGACACUUUUAGUAAUCCCUACAAUAAAACACUCCUGAACAGAUAUUCGUUCCCCUGACUUCUGGGAGAUUGUUCCACUGUCCCUGGACAGUCCUUCAACAGAGCUCACGGGACUAAGACUCAAGAGCCAGUGCUGGUGUUUCAGCUCACACCACCAGGAUGUGCUACUCUUGUAACAUGCUAAGAACAGGUAAGCACAGCACACUACUCCCACAGGUUUUGUGGAGGUGUAGGGACACCGCUACGAGGCAAUAGUCACCUUGUUACCUCAGCUUUAAUCUGGGUUGGAGAGGAACCUCAUACAAC